CGCCGAGUGAUGUAAAAUAAACACGGUUCAUUGCCCAACAAAUUUUUUUAAUAAGGUGCAUCUUAACUUACAAAGCACCAAAGCCCAAAGCCAAAAUCCAAAGACCUAGCUACAUAUCAAAAUCAAAAGAUGCCGUUCCCGUACAAGACCGUCCUCAUAACCGGCGCCACGGGGGGAAUUGGCCGAGCCUUGGCCGAACGCAUGAUUGCAGACGAUAUCUUCGUCAUUGCUGUGGGACGUCGCAGCGACCGGCUCGAUGAUCUUGUUUCGAAGCAUGGGUCUGAUAAAGUCGUUGCCGAGCCGUUUGACGUGUCUGACCUGGAGGCUCUCCCGGCCUGGGUUGAAAAAAUCAUAACAGCAUACCCUAGCCUUUCCUGCAUAGUCCUCAAUGCUGGAUUCCAGCGAACCGUGGACUUUACGCGUCCUGAAACCAUCUCCCGCUCUUUGCUCACAUCGGAGGUGCACACCAACUAUCUCUCUUCCUUACAUACCAUCUCCCUCUUCCUUCCGCACUUCAUUUCCCUUGGCAAGGCUUCGCCCAACCCGACACCUGCCUCGAUCGUGCUUGUAUCGUCUGGUCUCGCCAUCGUCCCUGUCGCCCGUUGCGCCAACUACUGCGCGACGAAAUCAGCCCUGCGCUCCUUGGCUUGGACAUUGCGCUCCCAACUUUCUGCACCAUCCAGCCCUAAAACGCAGCAUAUCCGUGUGAUUGAAAUAAUUCCUCCUGCUGUCCAAACCGAAUUGCACGCCCUACAAUCUGACCUUGUAAAGGCGGGGCAGAAGGCUAUUGGUCUUCCCUUAGAUGAGUUCGCUGAUGAGACUUGGAGUCACCUAACAGCCAAACAAGGCACCCUGCAUGACGAGAUCACGGUUGAUAUGAUGCGGGAGCGAUGGGAAGGCAUUGAAAGGCCAAGGAGAGAGGCAUUUCACGAAUUUGAGGCCAUGUUUCGCAGAAUGGUCUCGGAUGGCGAAGGAAGUGUUAAACCGGCGGGAUCAUAA